AUGGCUUCAACAACAGAAUCAUCACCACUUCUUCCCCAGCACAGCCAACAUCCUAAUACGUCACCGCGAGGAAAUCGACCGCCACGAACAGUUACAUUCAACCCAUUGGCUACAAUCAGCACAUACGGCGGCAAUGCGACAGCUACAGAUCCUACCUUUAGACCAUUGCAAACCGGCUCUCCUCCCGUUCAAAAUACCCCCGACGGUCACCAAAAACCAACCGGAUUGUCCGCCCUGAAUAGCAAGCUUCGACGUCGCAACAGCCAUGGAUCUCCGUUCAGCACCAUAACUCCUUCGAUCCACGCAGCGCCCAAAGUCGGCCCACAAAGAACGACGAAGAAGGCACAGAAAUUGAAGCUUCUCCCAGACCCUGUGACGGCGGCCGAAGAAGAGGGCAUUGAGGGCGACUUCCCGCGAGAUGUCUAUUCUCAGAUUACAAGGAUCAAGGAACCGACUGCUAGGAGUCAUGCUGCGAGAUUGGGAAAGGCGGACAGAGAACGCUUGCCGCGGGUGACGGCAUACUGUACGGCCAAUUCGUAUCGACUGGAUGGGGUGAUCAGAUUUCUCAAGUCACGGUCGAAAACCCGUGGGGCAAACCCGAAGUUGUACGACGAGUGUGCGUACUCUCCAUACGAUUACAACUAUGAGGAGAAACAAAGGCAACCCGCAAUUUUUAGUGGUGGGCUGGAAGCAGAAGGUAGCCAACGACCUGAACGUCCGUCUACGGAGCGCAGGUUCUCAGAUAGUGCGGUUGAAAUCGAUGAUAACGCAAAAAGUCGACGUGGGGAUUUAAUUGACCUUCAAGAACCUGGUUCCCAUAAUUCUGAAGCGAUAGAUACUUCUGAAAGCGCUGUUGUACACUCAGAUGAGACUCCGGGUUUCGACACCACGAUUCAUACACCCGAAGUGUUCGUUUUCGACUAUGGUACUGUCGUCAUUUGGGGAAUGACGCCUGCACAGGAGUCAAGGUUCUUGUCUGAUAUAUCUAAAUUUGCGACGUCUAUUUUGAGCCCCGAAGAUACCCAGAUCGAGAAUUUCAACUUUUACUAUGCCCGUGAGUACCAGGCUCGGAUAUACAACGAUUUUAUUUCUCUCCGUGAUCCACGAAACCAUAUGAUUAAACUUGCCAUUUCCCAUGCCGUGGCACAGUCUGUUAAAACAUCCCUGUUCGAAGACCUUGUUUCAGAAACCAUUUCAAGCACUGCACCGUUGCCGGCCCAGAUUGCCCAAACAGGCAGUGUCAAUCUUACACGACGCCAAAUCAACAUGCAAAUUGGGGAGCUUUUUAUCUUGCGAAUUAACAUUCAUCUGCAAGGUUCUGUCCUGGACAGCCCGGAGCUGAUGUGGGCAGAGCCGCAGCUGGAACCUGUUUACCAGGCCGUCCGCAGCUAUCUCGAGAUGGACCAGCGAGUCAGUCUACUGACGGAACGACUAGAUGUGAUAGCGGAUCUUCUGGCCGUGUUGAAGGAACAGUUGACUCACCGACAUGGUGAAUACCUGGAAUGGAUUGUUAUCGUUCUUAUUGCUGCUGAAAUUCUUGUUGCGGCAAUCAAUAUCGUGGUCGAUCUGUACGCCGGAGUCGACUAG